GCCCGAGUGCCCAGCCCAUUCCGGGCUAAUUUGGAUAGGCCGGGCCCAGAAAAGCGAAGCUCCUGCCGUAGAGCCACACCACUGCGCAAGAGCAAAGACUCAUGGAGACCGCCUUCUUCUCCGCCGCCUCCCUCUUCCACGGCGACGACAGCGAUGACGACCGAGAUGAGAUGCAGGUCGGCGCUGAGGGAGAGAAACAGGCGUUGGAGUAUGCGGAGAGAGCCCACGACUUCCCUGGCAUGAAACUGAGUGUAAGGGAAUUCUCGUGUCAUGAGCUAAAUGCCAACCUGCUAUGGCCUGGGACAUUUUCAUUUGCUACAUGGCUGGUUAAGAAUCGAUCAAUUUUGGAGGGACAACGGAUCCUGGAAUUAGGAAGUGGGACGGGAGCUCUGGCGAUCUUUCUGAGGAAGGCAUUUGGGGUGGAUGUCACAACCUCUGAUUAUGAUGACAAGGAAAUUGAAGAGAAUAUAGCUUACAACUGCAGAGCUAAUAAUUUGGAUGUGUUACCUCAUAUCAGACACACAUGGGGUGAUCCAUUUCCAGUUUCCAGGCCAGAUUGGGAUAUUGUUAUUGCCAGUGAUAUUCUACUCUAUGUUAAACAGUAUGAAAACUUGGUAAAGACAGUAUCCUUUCUUUUGAAAGAAUACAAGCAGACCAGCCAGAAAGCUGUCUGCACAACCAUCACAGACAAAUCAGGAACAGAAGUAGCUACAAAAUCUCCUAUGUUUCUGAUGAGCUGGCGCAGAAGAAUCGGCAAGGACAAAUCGCUUUUCUUCACAGGAUGUGAAAAGGCUGGCCUGGAGGUGCAGCAUUUGGGUGAUCUUGUGUACCUCAUCGACAGUCACUGAAAACUGAGGAAAUGACUCUCAGCGUUGGGUUGGGUUUGUUACAAAUGUCACGACGAAAAAGGCUUGGUUUGCAGUGCUUGAGCCUAGGAGCAGUAGAGUGGUUAUUGAGAUUUUGUUCCCAAACAUUGUAUUCUCGAGAAUGUAUUUUUACAACUUGGAGAAGACAAUGCAAAAGCUUGAGAAUUACCCUUGUCA